AUGGACAUCAGGUCCCUGUUUUCUGCCAUGCAGCAACAUGAUCAGCUUGCCAUCAUGCCAUUUCUCGAUCUCACCACCUUUCUCCGGUGUGCCAGCCUUCUCAAAGAUGAUAUCUUACAAUCUCAGCCACACACUGUGUCUGUCCUCAUCGCACCCGACGUACUACCCCCCUCUGUCAACGAGUUUCUGGCUGAAAGAUUCGCUUUCUCUGAGGACACUGUUGAUGUCCUAUGGGAUAUCGUCAAGGAUCUCGUUUGGAUGUUACCCACAGCUGGAGAGGCCGCCGACGAGGAGGAGGAAAUAUUCAGAUUGUAUGGCCACAAGCGAGGGAUCAGCAAGUCCAUCAUUCCGAAGCACACUCUCUACCCUCCAGUCAAGACAUGCAUCAAUCCAGAUUGUAAUGCCUGGCGAAACAAUUCUCUAUUGAAGAAAGAAGAGCAACGACGCGUAGUGGUGUUUACCCAUGCACAGGGCGCUCAUCCUGCUUGGUCUAUUCACUUGAAGUGUCGAGUGUGUCACAUGAAUUAUCACCACAAUUACAGCGUCAAGGAUGGAACCAGGACUUAUUAUGAUGGUAUACCAUCCUAUCUACAAGUUGCCGAACAUCAAUUCAUUCAGCUUGAGCUCGCGAUGAGCUGGAUGGACCUCAUGCAGAUUCCUGUCUCAGCCAUGAAUUGUGCGCGUGUCUACGAUAUCGGUCAGUCUCGUCGAGCUCCCAAUUGCAAUGUCAACUGGCAAUUUGGGAGCUCGCUGACAACGGAGGAGGUGUGGGACUCCUUCACCCUCCUCGCGUUGCUCGAUGACCACCACCGGACCGGGAUUCAUCUACGGGUUCCCCAUGGAGGAGAUCAAAAGGACCGUUUCACGCAUGCCAUGCGCGAGCGCACUGAGCGCAUCAUUACCCAUGGACAAGAGGAACUUCAGCACGCCUGUGACGGCUGCCUGCGGGUGUUCGAAGCGCCUGAUGGGACACUCAGCCGCACCGAAGUCGUGGUCACUGACGGCGUCACUGUGGGGCAUCCAUGCUGUGCAGUCCCACGAUGCACCAACCCCCUCGCAAAUACUCGUCAUCAGUACUGCACCAUAGACCCCACACACAAGCGUCUGGAGGUGAUAUGCGCCGUGGAGGGAUGCAAUCGGCCUGUGACUCGCGACAGUCAGUCCGGAAAGCUUCGCAAGGCAUGCGACGACCCCAUCCACCUUCAAAUGGAGGUUCUCAAUGUUGAAUCCAUGCGAAGCGGCAAGAGUCGGACACGACGUCAGAAACUCGCAAAGUCUGGUGAUGCCAUCACCUCCAUUGACAACCUCCCCAUCCAAGAUGGAGAUGAGUGGUACGAGCACGAUGGACACACCGGAGACACUCGCCUUGUGCAACCGGCGGUGACAAUUUCCACCGGAGUCGAUGACGAAGAAGAUCGUGCCUGCGAGGCAAAGGAAACACAAGGCAAGCUCAAGGCAAUCUUCCGACGCCAACGGACGAACAACGAACAGCUCGUUGUUCGUCCUUGUGGGAUAAUCAACGCGCGCAGUACUAUGUACCAUCACGAGGCAGUAUCAAAUGUCCUACUGCUUAUCGAGCAGAUAUACUCCCUUCCACGCGCACGGAAACCACAGCACCUAAUCUACAACUCCAACUGCAAUGCCCUCCGCGAAGUCAGGAGCCGUCAGAUCAAAUUUUUCGAUGGCGUCGGCAUGUGCGUUGACGCAUUUCAUCACCGGACAAAGCAUAAGGCAAGUGACACUUUGUGUCGCGAGCACUGCGACAUGAAGGCUUAUCCAGAGUUGUUGGAUGAGGAUGGUGGAUACUACUUUAACUCUUCAAUUGCAGAGCAGAUCAAUGUGUGGUUUGGCGCCUUCCAUAACAUUUGUCGCGAGAUGACACCAGUUAAGUACGAGUUCUUUUUAGAUGAGAUGAUCAUUCGGUGCAACCGUGUUACUCUAGCUACCCUACACACACAGGGUAAAAGGCCCCAUCAUCCAUGUACUUAA